UGUUCCAUCUCAGCUCUCCAUUACUAAAUAUUGCUGCCUCUCCCAUUGUAUUGAGGACCAGCUUCUCUUCAACAUUCUAUUGAGAAUGGAUACUAUGCUACAGCCCAAAGGAAGCUUUGAUGCUGGUCAGUUUUCAAGAAAUGAUUUCUUUGAGUACCUGGAAACUUUUGACACUGUUGCUACUGAUGGAUUUGAAGAUGAAUAUCAUAGAGAUGGGAGAGGCAGGGAUGGGAAAGUAGCAAACCCUUAUUCGAGCAAACGAGAUCAACUGGUGGGUGUUCAGCAACCACGUUACACUGGACAGGGUCAUCAUGGUUAUGGCAGGAGAGAUGAAAUGGUUACACCUACUAGUGGUAUCAUUCCACACUAUUACGAUAAACCAAAAAAACAGGCAUAUCAGAGGAGUGUCAGUGAGAAUAGGGCCAGUAGGUCAAAAGAGAGGAGUCACAGCAAAGAGAGAAAGAGAUCAGUAAGUCCACAAAUUACAAGAAAGUCAAUAACUGAGCCCACUACUACUUCUGAAGUACAUGUAGUUCAAAAACGAAAAGAUUUGAAAAAGCAUAACAAAAGGGAGCAUAGAUUUGAUUAUCAGUCCUUUGAUGUGAGAGUUGAAUCUUUCUAUUUAAAGCCAUCAUGGGCUAAAGAUGAGAGGCUCAUUGCAGCAUUGGCCUCUCAUGGCUUCUGCUUUACAGGUCAUGAAGAUAUAGUUGAAUGCCAUGUUUGUAGAGUAAGGAUUGAAAGUUGGUCAAUACAUGAUGAUAUUUUAUGGCGUCAUUUAGAGUCCGAGCCUAAUUGCCAGUUUAUCAGAGAGCAGUAUCAAUUCAGCAUUGAAGAAUUAUGCUCAAUCAAAUUUGCAGCUUAUAAAAGUUUAAAAAAUCGUGAGAGCUCAUUCAAGUACUGGCCAAUACCAAGGGUAAUUGGCGUUCUUGAGUUGGUUGAAGCUGGCUGGUACUAUACUGGUAAGGAUGAUAUCACUCAAUGCUUUACUUGUGGUUGUAGAAAUGAGGAAUGGAAGAAGGGAGAUGAUCCUUUUACUGUGCAUGGCAAAUUGUCAAAAAAUUGCUCAUUCCUAAUGGAGGCUAUGAAGCACAAAAGCUCUUCUAAAUUGGUAAUUGAUUUCUCAAAGGAAGAAUCACGCCGUCAAUCCUUUAAACAUUAUCCGAAGACAAGCAAAGUGCCAAUUGAUGAUCUUGUUAAAUCUGGCUUUCAUCUCCUUUCACUUGAUCCAGCUGUAAAGGUUAAGUGUUAUUCAUGUGACUUGGUGGCUGAUAUUGAGUGGAUGGAUGGAAAGGGUCCAGCUGGCAUACACAUUAAGAUGAGUCCAGAUUGUCCUGUUGCUCAAGAAAAUGAAGACACUGCUUCUCUUCCAGCUCCCAUCAUGACAAGAAGGCAAUUACAGAACAAAUACUUGUACAAAUCAAGAGGAGAUUCUAAAGAGAAAGUACAGGAAAGUUUACCUGCUCUUAUUCUGUGUAAAUCUUCAAACCCACAUACACCACCAACACCUUACUCUCUACCUAACAUGCAUCAUACACCAAGCCCUACAUUAACACAUGAACUAACAAGAAGCCAAUCCUUGCCAGAAGAAGAGGACAAGCUCUGUGUUGUGUGUCUUGAUAAUACAAAGCAAUAUGCUAUAGUACCCUGUGGACACCUGUGUGUGUGUCAUGAUUGUUCACAACAUUUAUUGUUGUGUCCAAUAUGCAGGAUAAAGAAAGAAGACAUAUUAAGAAUUUAUAACUCUUAAAUGGACUUCUGCUUUUAAGCAUGGUCAAUUUAAUAAUGCAUUCCCAUGAUGCACAUGCACACACUAUAAAUUUGCUGCAUAUUACCAAGAGUAUGUGUACAUGUACUCUUGAUAAUACACUUAUUUACCCUUGCUUUAAUUUUUGUUUUAUGUUAGUUCAAAAACUAUUUUAAAAAGCUGAAGUAUAAUGACAAUACUCUUACUCAAUUGACAACUAAAAGUCAUUGACAAACAAA